AUGGCCGUGGAUGAGUACUUCCAGGUCGAUGCGCAAGCUCUUGGAUCCUUGGAGGCCUUUCACUUCAUACUCGACUGUCUUUCAGCUGCCGAUUAUGUACAAGAAAGCGUUGCGAGGGUAGUGGUGCCACAGAAUGAUGGGUAUAUCGUGCGAUCCGACAUACUUUCACAGCGCCUACUGGACUGCCCACCUGUGAAAAAGGUUGUAAACUUUGCCAAACCUCUGCAGUCUUUCAGUGGGAAGCCCGUCUACAUUGACAGUAUGCAAAUGCUUCCAUCAGCUCUCGUAGCAUCGGCUGGCGCCAUGCUCUUAACCCCGAUUGAUUCAAUCCGCUUUCCAACUGUCGAAUCGCUAUUGACUUGCCUUGAUCUUGAAUUGAACAAUCGGCUGGCAUUUACUUGGCUAUCGAUAGAGAAACCGAAGCGUCAAACUCUUGCCAUAGUUGAUGGCGGUCUUCGUAGUCCUGAUGAUGGAGGAACGGGAGAAAGCAUUUACACAGCAGCUGAAGCUCUGGGUAUUGAUAUGGUUGUUCUCGAUUAUCCUGAACAUUGGCUGAAUGAAUCUCGUUAUCGCCAUUGGUACAAGUCAUUCAUUCCAUUUGACACACCACUACAUCCGGAUGCUGGAUAUGCAAGUCGAAUUGUGGACGCAGUGCGGUCCUUUCCUGGUCACAUCGACGGUCUUGUGACUUUGCGCGAUCAAUACAAAAUCGCAGUCGCUGAAGCGGCCUUGCAAUUAGGAUUAUUCACGGACCCUCCGUCGGCGUUCGAAAUUACCUCGAACAAGUUCAAAACGAGCGUCUCUGUAGGGCAUAACGCAUUCCAGGCUUCCAGCAUUGAGCAAGCUAUCAAGAUUGUGCAUGACCACCAUCUCGAUUUUCCAUUGAUCAUCAAACCUUGUAACGGGUUCCUCUCGGAAGGUGUGUUCAGGGCCGAGAGCCUCUCCCAGCUGGAGACCGGCAUACACAGCAUCAAUACUGAUCGACAUGGGGUCCAGUUUGUGCUGGAAAGGUAUUGCGAUGGACCUGAAGUAGAUGCGAACCUUGUGCUUUGCGAUGGGGAACUGCUGUUCUUUGAAGCAUCUGAUGAUUUUCCUAAAAGCGCAGAUUCAAAUGGCAAGGGCAGCGUCAAAACCUUCAUUGAACUAGCAAACGUUCUCCCAUCCAGGUUGCCGCAAUCCGAGCUUACUACAUUACGAAACUCCCUACAUCAAAGCCUAAUUCGGAUGGGUUUUCAGAAUGGAUUCUUUCACCUGGAAGCACGAAUGGAGAACUCAAGCAUGGAAUAUGGCACUCACAACAAUAUCUUGGACUUAACCGAGCGCUCUACGCCAGCCAAGGUCGUACCAUCUGCCUGGUUGAUCGAGGUCAACCCUCGACCGCCGGGGAUCCAGGAAUCAGAAGCGGUGCGACAUACGUACGGUGUCGACUAUUUCGGUCUCGCCUUGUUAUUUGGUCUCAACGAUAGGCAUCGUAUCAAGCAGCUUUCAGACCCCUUCGUUCAAGGACCGCAGUAUUGGUGUGAGAUGGUGUUUAUCCCUGUCGAUAGGGGAGGGGUUUUUACGUCAGGAGAUGUGUGCGCAGAACUAUUUUCCAGGCGUCCCGAUCUCGUUGAUUUUGUGUCGAAGUGCUUUUGCUUCUUACACCUGGGAGACAAAGUGCCAGAUCCGGGAACAGGAGUAAAUGCUUGGGUGGCAUACUUCAACGUGUUCUCGAGAGAGAGCAGAGCCCAUCUGUUGGAAAUAGCAGAAUGCGUAAGAAAAGAGGUGAAGUUUUGCAUUCUGUAG